AUGAGACGGCCGCUCGGCGCAUGCGGCAGCAGAUCCAGCCCGGCCGCUGCUUUCCUCCUGGCCGCCGCCGCGAUCUGCGCCCAGUUCGCCACAGGGUUUCCAUUUAAACAACACGAUGAUUCAGUAACUCAGUCACUUAUGAUAGUUUGUAUGGAAAUCAGCCAAAGUCAGCCAGGACUAGCUGAUGAUGCAUCUAAAGAUGAGUCAAAAGGUCACACUGGCCAAACAGUUUUGUUUGUCCUGCUAGGAAUUGGUGCAGCCGGUCUGUUGUCAUUCUUCCUUUUCAAGUAUUGGCAGAAGAAGAAAAGAGAGGAGCAACAUGCACGGCUGCUGAAGUUAUUUGAAGAGGAUGAUGACAUUGAGGUCGAGCUUGGCCUUAGAGAUUGA